GAAUUCUUGUAAGGGGGAAACCUCUGGUCCCCACCAUACAAGAGGGAGCGACCCCCCAAGGGCGGCAGGAACCUUCUAUCAACAGCCAAUGGAGUAGGAGCCACCCUCAUUUCCAAUAUACAGAAUAUACAUAGUUUGACUAAUUCCCCUAGAAGAGUAUAAUACUGAUACUUAAGGACGCAGAUCGGAAAUGAUCAGAAAAUGGCAGUACAACAGCACUGGCCAAAGGGGAGUCCUUUGGACCACGCAUCACCGGAAUACAUCUUAUGGGAAUGCCCUGCACUCUAUAGAAGCAAAGACUAUACAACUACCAAGAAGUUGGAUGAGGCACUAAAAAGCUGUUCUGUGGAGGGGUUUUUCGUGAUGUCGGUCCUAGAAUCCAACAACACGCAGUCUUUGGCGAGGCGCACAAAAGUUUCGGUUGGAAAAAUCCAAUUAAAAAAGAAAAUACUUAGUCUAUUUUAUAGUCUUUGAUAAAAGGAGAUCUCAACAGUGGCAACAGUGGAAAAAACGACCCACCAAAGAGCAUACCAUUUUAAAACCCCUGACGUACAGGGAUCAGGUCGGUAAAAAAUAUCAAUACCUUCGUCGAAUUGCUAGAAAACCUAGUUCCUUACCAAAAUAAUUACUUCAGAAGUAUACCCCUUUAUUCCCUAAGAACUAUCGGCAGUUUUUAAGUGUUUGAGACAGUUCUUUGAACGUCAACACAUUCUAGCAGUGGUGGAUCCUAACUGACCUUGCUAACGCCCGAUUGCGUCAGUCGGGGACCGGGUACCACAUCCGAAAUUCAAAUGCCGGUAGCACUACACUGUGUGAUUGGUUUUCAAUGCUACCAGAAUAAAUGCAUAUGUGUGCACAUACAGGCACCGAAAAUAGAAUUUAUCAAGGAGUGGGCCACACUCAGAUAAUAGAACACGUAUCAGGUGGGGAGCUCGACUAUAAAAUGUAGAACAUUUGCAGUUCUAACUCACAUUCGCACGAGUAUCAUUCAACAUGAAAGCGGCUCUAGUUUUCCUGUUCCUGGCCCUGUUCGUGGCUGCCGUCUAUGGCGCUAGUGACUGCGAUCCUGAUGGCAAUGGAAAGCCAGCCUGCCAAUCUGGAAAUAUUGGAGAAAGAUUCCGUAACAACUGGGAUCCAACCCGUUACUGGUUGUGCGCAGAAGCUGGUGAGCCCCAGGUUGUGCUUUGCGAACAGACAGGAUACGAUCCCGUCAGCAAGGAGUGCGUCGCCUGGUCGCAGUGGAGCUGGUAUCCACCAUGCCCUUAAACAUCAAUGAAAAAAUAAAAUAUGUAUACAAAACUAUGAAAUGAUGGCCUUUGAUUUUAAGUCGAUUAACCCAGCACAUUAUUCCAAACUCGCCAACAAUAUUAAUUAUUGGAAUGUAACCACAGAACAGAUUCGAGAACUAUUCAAUCCCAUCCCAGCCAUCACUAUUAGAUCUCUCUACCACCUCAAAAAACGGAUAAUUAUUACAGAAACGAAUACUAUAAACA